ACUGCUGUAUUCGCCUCGAUUUCACCGACAGUCCACUUUAUUUAAAAAUUGGGCAGAGGUGUAAGAAAACCACCUACCAACAUUAAAACCCCCUCCCUCACACACACAGACACUUCUGCAAUGGGGUUGUACGCGACGGUGACGGAUACAAUCAGCUACUACACCGGCCUAUCUCCGGCGGCUUUCUUCACUAUUCUCGCACUUAUGUAUGUUGUUUACAAAGUCGUUUGCGGCAUGUUCGUCGCCGCCGAUGAUUACAGGGCAGUCAAACGCAGCAACGACUUUGUUCUCCGGGAGCCUGUUCAGUUAGGCGAUGUUACUGUUGAGGAAUUGAGAGCUUAUGAUGGCUCUGAUCCAAACAAGCCCUUGCUCAUGGCUAUUAAAGGUCAAAUCUAUGAUGUCUCUCGCUCCAGGAUGUUCUAUGGUCCUGGAGGGCCAUAUGCACUGUUUGCUGGUAGAGAUGCAAGCCGAGCUUUAGCGCUCAUGUCAUUUGAGUCUAAAGAUCUAACAGGAAAUAUAGAUGGUCUAAGUCCUGAUGAGCUUGAAGUUCUGCAAGACUGGGAAUACAAAUUUAUGGAGAAGUACAUGAAGGUUGGGCAGAUUGUUUCAGAAAAAUCAAAAGCUGAGCACACUGAAGAUGAGGACAAAGUGCAUGAAAACUAAACCGCAGAAGAAACUGGAGCACAGUAGAAAGCUUCUAAUUAUCGCAGGCUUAUGUUAAAUUUGUACACCUAUGUGGCUUGAUUUGGAACCUUUUUUUCCUUUUUGUAAAGAAAACCCCUGUAACUGAUGUACUCUAAACAAUGGAAAACUAAUCAAAUUAAUAUACUUGAAACAUGUAUAAUUUAGUA